UGGCCUUAGCUGGUUUUUCAGUGCAUCAGGAAGCAUGGAGCACCACGUGUCCAUCAUGUCCGACUGGGUGCUCCUGGGGCUGAUUGUGGCACUGGUCAUGCUGCUGCUGCUGACCAUCUUUGGUUUCGUUGUCUACUCGGGGCUCUUCACAGAGGUGGUUGUGAGUGCUGGCUCCCCACCUGUCGGCAGCAUCACACUGGCCUACAAGUUCAGGGUAGGCCCAUAUGGUGAAUCGGGGCAGCUCUUCACGGAUGGCUGCAGCAUCUCGUCAAAGCUCUGUUCCAUUGGCGUCUACUAUGACAACCCUCACACGGUGUCUCCAGAGAAGUGCCGCUUUGCCAUAGGCCGAAUCCUGAGCGAGGGAGACGCAAAGCCAUCGGAAGAGCAGAUCAAACGGUUCCAGAAGUAUGGCUUCAAGAUCUUCUCCUUCCCUGCUCCCAGCCAUGUGGUCAUGGCAACCUUCCCGUUUACUACGCCGCUGUCCAUCCAUCUAGCAGUCAACCGUGUCCACCCAGCCCUUGACACCUACAUCAAGGAGAGAAAGCUCUGUGCCCACCCCCGGAUCGAGAUCUAUAAGGAGGACCGCAUCUACUUUGUGUGUCCCCUUGCCCGCCAAGGGGACUUCUACGUGCCUGAAAUGAAAGAACUGGAGAGGAAGAGCAGGGCUGCUGAGGCUGAGGAUGCCCAGACAGACAUCACAGGGGCCGACACCAUGAGUGAGACGAGCUCCAUCAGCAUAGAGGCCACAACUGACAGCAGAGACACCUCGGUGGCCACCUCUGUCCUGCUGCCCUUCCCAGCCAGCCGUGGCCGGGAGGAGGUGGACAACCGCAGUGAGCACAGCUACAGCGAGUCAGGAGCCAGUGGCUCCUCCUUUGAGGAGCUGGACCUGGAGGUCACUGGGGAUGUGGAGGGAGCCUCAUCCCUACUGCCCAGCGUGGGCUAUGUGGGCAACCAGGAUGUCACAGACAAGUGGACCAAGGAGCCCAUCGCUGCUGAGAGAGGAGAAGAGUGAA